AUGGCCGGCCUGCUCGCCCUCGGCACCGCCCCCUUCCGCGUCUCCAACUCCCCGCCCGCCUCCGUCGCGCACCAGACCAUCCACGGCUUCCUCGCGCGCUUCGCACUGCGCGUGUGCUUCGUGACCCAGGGGCCGCUGACCUGGGAGAUCAUGGAGCCCGUCUCCGGGCCUACGCUGAUGGCCGAGUUUGUGGCAGCCAGGGGGGAGGGGGUGCAUCAUGUUGCGUUUGAUUGUGCGGGGAUGAUGGCGGUGGAGGAGCGGGUGGCGGAGUUUGAGCAGAGGGGGUGCGCGUGUGUGAUGAGUGGGGAUUGGAAGGGGGAGAGAGGGGGUGUGUAA